AUGGACUCGAAUGUCUCACCGCAUCCGGAGGGACCUGGUGACGAGGCAUUACCGUUGGUACCUUUAAAUCGAAGUCCUCCACUGGAACGGCGCCAGCGAGCCAUGGCAUUGAGUCAGCUGUCUCUCCAGUCAAUGGCUAGUAACCACUAUGACGCAACAGAUGCUGCGGGUGAUGACGAAACAGUAAGCAUGCUACAGGAGAAAGAUAAAGACAAAGCGAAACCAUUUAAACUACACCAGGCGUCUUCGACUGGAGACGAGGCUGAAGUUAAGAACAUCUUAAGCAAAGAGCCUGAUUUGAAUCUCCUAGAUAAGUCAGGAAGAACUCCAAUUCACAAUGCCAUAUUAGGACGUCACGUGAAAAUCAUAGAAAUGCUCCUGGAGGCUGGAGCUGACGCAAGUCUUCUGGAUGAGAGCCACGAUGCACCACUCCACACGGCGGUCCGGACAAGGGACGAGAACCUUGUGAAAGUAGGUUUUUUGGCAGAAUAAAAGUGAUCGGGUCAUGCUUUGUUUAGUCCUCAGCUGUUGUUAAAGUUAAAUUAACCACCGGAGUGAAUUUGUAAGAGGACGUUUUGGGUGUUAACCCCUCGUCAGGGCAAAACAGAUUAGAAGAAAAAGUAGCGUGGCGAACCCAAUUAUUAGACUACGUAGCAAGCGUUCAUUAUUUGCAAAAGCACGCGAGGGGGAACAAAACUACGAGCGAGGGCGAAAAAUUGGAAUUGAAUGUAAGCUGUCUUUACUUGUUCAGCUGAGGUAAAUAUCUAAUGCGUUGCGGCAGGAGCAAAGUCGCGAGAGAUGACCGACUCGCUUUGCUGGCCGACUCUCGGUUCUUUCGCCGACGGCUUCGCUGUGCGCUCCUUUACGCAUUGCUUAAAGAUUUCGAUAAGGAAUCUUUACGCUUCUUAACGGAUAGCGUAAAGGUAUCCUUAACACAUAUUUACGCACAACAAAAACAACACUAGCUGUAUGUUCGAUGCUUACAACACUUUAGCAAUACGUUAUGUACGUCCUGUCAGGCUUUGAUGCCUACAGACUCGCUGCAAAAUUACUUCAACACCAUCCAGACUCCAAAUACAAUCGAAAAUAGAAAUGUCAUAUGAUCCUGAAUC